AUGGCGGGUUCCGGGGGGCUCGCGGAGUGGUCGGAGGGCGCGUCGGUGUGGUUCCAGCCGGCCGGCGCCCCCGCGCCUCUACCCGGCGAGCUGGUCGAGGUGCACCGUGCCGCGAGGGUGUUGUUAGUUAGCGCCGUAGUUAAUGGACAGCCUCAAACCUUCGCGUUACAAAUGGGAAAUGGUGAAGAGGAAGGCGACCCAGUAUGGCCCCGCGAGGAGCUUGGACCCACCGGCGUGGAAGACAUGACGCGUCUUCACGAUUUACAUGAGGCGGCAUUGCUUUGGAACCUGAAACUGAGAUAUGAACAGGGUCUUAUUUACACAUACGCUGGUUCAAUUUUAGUAGCUGUUAAUCCGUAUAGACCUGUCGACACGUUGUACGGCCUAAAAACUGCUAGAAGGUACCAUGCAGCGGAAGCAUUAGGAGAUCUCCCACCUCAUCUCUUCGCCAUAGCAGCGGCGGCUCGUGCAUCUCUACCUCAUCCUCAAGCUAUUCUUAUUUCUGGGGAGUCGGGUGCUGGAAAAACAGAAUCCACAAAAUUAGCGGUUCAAUUUUUGGCUGCAGUGGCUCCCACACCGCCUGGAAGAGCACCCGUAUCCGAACAAAUACUUGAAGCAGCGCCGUUGCUAGAAGCUUUCGGCAAUGCGAGAACACCAAAAAAUCAUAACUCUAGUCGUUUUGGUAAAUUAUUGGAAUUAUAUUUUAAAGAUGGCGCGUUAGCUGGUGCAAGAGUUGCUCAUUACUUGCUAGAAAAAUCACGCAUUGUCACACAGUCGCCUGGCGAGAGAAACUAUCACGUUUUCUAUGAAUUGCUAGCAGGUCUAGACGAAGAACAAAGAAAGUCUAGAGGCUUAUUGUCAGCCGAACAUUAUUUCUAUUUAAAUCAAGGUGGUGAUUCAGGGGGUGCGGGUGCAGGUGCUGACUGGACUGCGCUAUGUGGUGCAAUGCAAGUCCUCGGAAUUGGAGAUUCUGAAAGAGAAGAUAUAAUAAAAGUUUUAGCAGCAGUCCUUCAUUUGGGAAACGUAUAUUUCCAUAGACGGCAGUUAAGGCAUGGCCAAGAGGGUGUCCAAUUGGGUGGUGGGGCGGAAGUUCGUUGGGCCGCCCAUUUACUUAAAGUACCGGCAGAAGAGUUAGCUAGAGCCUUAACGACAAGAGUUACAGCCGCGCGAGCUGAACGAAUGCGAUCUCCUUUACCUAUAGAUCAGGCAUUAGAUGCAAGAGACGCUUUCGCGAAAGCACUUUAUUCAUCAUUAUUUAAUUGGCUUGUCCUCCGAAUAAACUCGAUAGUCCACCGCGCUGGAUUACACGACGCUCAUCGAAUAUCUCUCCUGGAUAUCUUCGGUUUUGAAGACUUGGAAGAGAAUUCCUUCGAACAACUUUGUAUAAACUUCGCUAACGAAACGCUACAACAUUAUUUUAAUAAACAUAUUUUUAAAUUGGAGCAACAAGAAUACCAAAAAGAGAGGUUGGAAUGGUCUAACCUCACGUGGAAUGAUAACUCUCCAGUAAUUCAACUGCUAAGUAAGAAGCCAGUGGGUAUUCUGCACCUGUUAGAUGAUGAGAGUAACUUCCCACGGGCUUCUGAUGCCUCGUUCCUAGAAAAGUGCCAUUACAAUCAUGCUCUUAACGAGCUAUAUUCUAGGCCGAGGUUGGGAGCAAAUGAGUUUGGAAUAAAACACUACGCCGGUCAAGUAUGGUACAACGUAGAAGGUUUCUUAGACAAGAACCGAGACGCUUUACGAGCUGAUGUGUUAGAGUUAUUAUGCAGCAGUGAAGUGCCUCUUGUAGCGGAAAUGUCGGCUCAAUUGCGCGCUCAACACGACGCUAACAAAACAUUGCCGAGAGGAGCUAAUGGACGGUUUGUUACUAUGAAGCCGCGGACACCCACUGUUGCUGCUCGAUUUUCAGACAGUUUGCACCAGCUUUUGGAAUCGAUGUCACGUUGCAAUCCGUGGUUCGUGCGUUGUAUUAAACCUAAUACGGAUAAAUCGCCUAUGAAAUUCGACAUGCCGUGUGUUCUCUCACAACUGCGGUAUACCGGCAUGUUGGAUACAAUCAAGAUUAGGCAGAUGGGCUAUCCUAUUCGGAUACCAUUCCAGAAUUUCGUUGAGAGAUAUAGGUACUUGUUAAAGGCGAUGCCUCCUCGCGCUACGCCUUACAGAGAAAUUUGCAAUUCUAUCCUCGCGCAAAUGCCGCCUACCGGCGCUGUGGGCGCGGACUUUCAGCUGGGUGCUGCGCGAGUGUUCGUCCGAGAGGCGCUGCAUCGCGCGUUAGAGCGCGCUCGCGCGGACAAGCUACGUGCCGCGGCUACGCUGCUACAGGCCAGGAUUAGGGGAUAUUUGGCUAGAAAACACUAUCAUCAAAUGCGGUACUCGGCAGUGAAGAUCCAAUCUUGGUGGAAAGGUUCCCGGGAACGUCGCAAGUACGUCGUCGUUAGGCGCGGGGUCGUUCGAGCACAGGCACUCUUGCGCGGCAAACGUGCGCGCGCUCGAGCUAAGGCACUCAAGGAGCAGAUGAAACGGAGACAGGAAGCGCAACAAGCUGCUGCCAAACGACGAGCAGCGGAACAAAAAGCGAAAGCAGAAAGUCUUCAAGUACUGGAAGUGCCGGCGGAACUCGCCUUUAUAUUAUCCAAGGUUGACGACUGGCAACCACCACACACGGAACGAAAUAUUAGCAAAGUGCCUGGUGAUGUGUUUGCAGAAGAGGAAAGAGUUCAAUUACCUCGAGAUUUGCAGCAAUUCGCAUUCUCGAAGUUCAGCUCUGUGUACUUCGCUGACGGUGGUCAGCUGAGUCCCAGAAAACAUCCAAUCACUAAGCCUUUCUUAUCUAAGGCUGCCGUAAGAGACCAAGAUUUUAAUGACGCUGUAGCCAUUUUCAAGCUCAUCUUGCGAUGGUGCGACGAAUCAGCUGCCGGGAAUGAAACAAGGCAGAAAGUGCUGGCGGACUACAUAGCGUCGCGCGGGCUGGCGUCGCGCGGGCUGCGGGACGAGGUGCUGGUGCAGCUGUGCAAUCAGGCGGGCGCGGGCGACGCGCGCGUGCUGCGCCUGCUCGCACACUGCCUCGCCGCCUUCCAGCCCGGGCCUGCCUUGCACAAAUACCUGAUCCGGCUAAUAUCCGAACGUGCAUCGGGCACUGAGCGCGCUCGGCUGCUGCGCCUCGUGUGCGGCGGCGAGGCGGCGGCGGCGCGCAGCGCGGGCGUGCCGCGCCGCGCGCCGCCCACGCUGCUCGAGUGGAAGGCGGCCGCGGAGAACGCUCGGCCUGCGUUGCCUGUGAGGUUGUAUGAUGAUUCUGUGCACACGGUGGGCGUAGAGUCUUGGACGACGUGCGAGCGCGCGGCGGCGGGCGCGCUGGCGGCGGCGGGCGUCGCGCGCGGCGCCGCCGGCUGGUCGCUCACACUCGAGCACAAUGGACAGCUCACUGAGUGGGCGGGCUGCGAGUACGCGCUGGACGCGGUGGGCGAGGUGGAGACGUGGGCGGCGCUGGGCGCGCGCGCCGAGCCGCUGCGCCUGGCGCGCGCCGCGCCCGCGCCGCCGCCGCGCGCCUCCUCCGCCGACAGCGACCGCGCCGCGCCCGCGCCCGCCGCCACCGCCGCGCCGCGCCCGCUGGUCCCACCGCCAGAACCACCGAAGUCACGGUCACCAAGUAUCCAGCGUAUGCUACAAGAAUCUAUAGAAGAGAACAUAUCUGAAUACAAUUGGAAAAUGGAACAAGAGGAAUCCCGCACGUUACCAAAACUAAGUGGCGAUUAUUCCAAAAAUACUAGUGAUUAUUCCAGAAAAACAAGUGAAUAUUCAAAGGAUGCCGCCGAUUAUUCGAGAAAUCCGAACGAAUAUUCCAAAAACAACGCAGAAUAUCCUAGAAAUACAAACGAAUAUUCCAAAAACAACGUAGAAUAUCCUAGAAAUACUAAUGAAUAUUCUAAAAAUAACGCAGAAUACUCAAGAAAUACAAACGAAUAUUCUAAAAAUAAUGCUGAAUAUUCCAGAAAUACGAUGGAGUAUUCGAAAAAUACAUCUGAAUACAAUAGAAAUGCUACAGAUUACUCAAGGAAGAUAUCUCACGACAUUCUGUCUCGAGAAUCAGCGUUGAAUGAGCGCUACUUUGAGCAACAAUCGGAUAAGGUUCGAAGCCGUUCACUAGACAAUCUCUUGGGUGACAACCCUGUGCCUCAACAAACAAAGUUUGCCGAUUUAGGGUUGUCACAAUCACGGUUGAAUGAUAGAUAUCAUUCAGUAGAGCGGCUCGGAGGGGCACCGAGUGUGACCAGUAGUAAGGGCAUGGAGCAGGAGUAUGGCGGUAAUCGCGCGGGACAUUCAAGGUACAUUAAGUCGCAGUACGUGGGCAAGCGCGCGCCGGCUGGCUCGCAGUCUAGCCGCGCUUAUAUUGAAAAAAGUUCCGAAUUUGGAGGUGUUAGAUCAUCAGCAAUGUCUGACACAUCUGAAGCUCCGAGCUUGGCCUCGCACGUACGUCGUGUUCGCGUUCCCAGUCAAGCAUCUGAUGUCGAUCAGUUCCUCGACGAUCUUUUCUCUCCCGUACUAGACCCAAAUAUUGAUGAAAUGUCUGACGCACGAUCACUCGCGGCUAGCAUCAAAGGAGGCAGAGAUUAUAACAAAUUCAUUGAUGACGUACUAAGUUGUUCCUAUAAUGAACAAAUAGAGACUUUGAAUAAUUCUGAAUCUAUGACACGCCUUAUCAAAGGCGGAGGCCAAGAAGAAAGUGGCAAAACAAGCAGAAAAGAAUCUAAUGUUGAUUCUGUUGACGAUUACAUCACGAACCUUUUUGACCCAAUAUUUAUGAACGACAGUCUAAAACGAUUAACCGAUGGAGAAGGAUUAUCAGGUGCUAUAAAAGGUGGUGGAUCUACUCCAAGAGCUGGUGGUGCAAAUACAUCUGCGCUAAGUUUUGGCGCUAUUUCUCUACCACCGUCCAUGCCAGCGAUGCCGGCGACUCCAGAAGCACUAGCAGCUGCGUUAGGUUUACAUUUACCUCCUCCAGGAACUGUAGAUAUCAACGCAUACCAUCAAAACUUACAAAGAGCGUUCUUACAAAACGCUAUGGCCCAAAAUCUUCAAAUUCAACAGCAGUUGUUGGCUCAAAAUCAAGCUUUACAAACUUUACUUGCCGGUCAAGUAGUAGAAUCAACCGAUUCCGCUCCUACUUCACCGGUACGAGCUUCGACUGUCGUGCACGCUCAGAUACACUCGCCUCCUAGAAACUCAGUAAAAUCCAGACGAGAGUCUAACGAAAGCUCAUCUGCAGGAGCCCCUCCACCUCCUCCUCCGCCAAUGCCACCCCCACUACAUGCUAUGGAUCCUUCAGAGGUUAGACCUUUCAUAGAUUUAUAUGGUCGAGCUAAAACCGUAAGGAUAGGUAAAUGGCGAUGGCCUCCUCCAAAAGACGCUGUUGGACAAGAAACACCACAAGAUUUUACUAAGUUCAAAAUGCGUCAGAUACAAAGAAGAAUUACGCCCCAAGCGCAAUCAAACGGUAUCGAACAUGAAGCACCAAGAGGACGUUCCCGAUCAGAAGCUUCACCAGGGAUUGAAUGGGAGGAGUUUGAGGUGGAUGGUCACUCUCCGUCUUCUCGAGAGCCACCUUCUCAACGCACUGCAAGACGCAGCUUUGAAAUUGGAGCGCAAAGACCGUCUCCAGGGAGUGUUGGUAAAUUAAAGUUGAGUUCAGAAAUGCGACAAAGAUUGGAACGAGUGACAGCAAAUCAUUCAGUUCGAAGUUCGUCGUCAAAUGCGGAAACUCCACGAACGAUUAACAAAUUAGAAGAUACUAGAAAGUUAAUGUUAGAAAGGCAAUUAGGUGGUGGUAUGCGAUGGGAUGCACCUCCCCCUCCCCUUCCCCCAGCACCUCCUGGACCAGCGCCUCCUCCUCCAAUGUCCCCGCCAUCUCCCCCAGACAAACCAGCGCCACCACCACCAGCAGAUUCUUCCUCUACAUUUGCACAACUACGUCGCGAUAGAGACACUUUCGGUGUUCACCAAAAUAGAGAAGCUGACGAUCGCCAUGCAUUUUUAGCAAAUUGGAGUACUAGAAGGAAAGAUGAAAGUGAAUCCAAUCAAGGUGACGAUUUAGCGUCGCGUUUCUUAACUGCUGACCGUCGAGACCGCAGAGUUAAAGAAGACUGGGGAGACGAGUCUGACGGCAGAAGCUAUGACGAGAAAAACGGUCGAGAUGAAUGGGACUCGGAAUCUACAUUAGAUAAUAGACGUGACAUACGCGACAACUUCUCUGGACGAGCCGCUUCAGAAAUAUACGAAAUUCAUCCUGUAAGGACUGAAAGGCGAAAGGAAGAAACUGAAAUGGAGGAAAACUUUGAACGGAAACGUUCAUCAGCUUUGUUCGAUGACUUCGAGCGAUAUGACGGGAGGAAAAAUUCUAGAGACAUGUUAGUAGGUCGAUCGAGGAACAGUCCGCGGUCUGAUAUUAUGUUUCCACAAGAAAGCAAUGAUACUUUAAAAAGGACUGAACGUCCGACAUUUAAGACUCAUAUGGCACAAAAGGAAAGAGACAGGAAGCUGGAAGCUGAAAGACGUCAGUCCGUCUCUACUCACGUCACAGAUAAAACAGAACACAUUGAACGAGACGUGCCGGCGCCAGCGGCGUUGUUACCGUCCGAGCGCUCGUAUAUCACAUACUCGCGCGUGCCGUGGAAGCUGCGCGUGCGCAAAGAAGUGUUCACGCCGCUUGAGACCUACAACGAGCCUGCCAUUCUAGACUUGCUAUAUGCUCAAAUCGUACACGACAUAACCUCCAACAUACCGUCCCUCCGCAUCAGCGCAAGCGAGAGACGCGCGGGCGCGGCGUGGCUCCGGUCGCAGAAUGGACCAGUUCGCGUUAACACUAAACGGCAAGCUGUAGAGAUGGCUAGAGAGUGGCCCUUCUACUUCGCGAGAUUGUUCUCAGCGCGGGUCCCGCCCGGGGAAAAUGCCGUACUGGCGGUGUCUCAUAAUGCAGUUACUAUAGGAGUUAAAGGUCCCGGCGGCCUGGCCACACGGCGCGCCAUCCCGCUGCAGGGGCUGCGCGCGGCGGCGCCCGCGCCCGCCACGCUGCAGCUGACGCCGGCGCGCGACGCGCCGCUUACGCUGCACGCGCCGCUGGCGCACCACGCGCACGCCAUCAUCGUGGAGUUCGCGCUGCAGUGUUCACAGAGCUUUCCAUACCCCAUAGCGAGACUGUCCGCGCUCGCACAGUCGAACCGUGACCGCGCACUCGCGCGCACCAUGCAGCGGCCGCGCCUCUCCGCCGCAAUGCGUGAUAACUGGCGCCACUUGCAAAGAGUGUAUGGCUUGGAGGUUGAUGAUGAUUUCCCUCCUCCCAGACGUGCACCAAGUCUGGAUUCACUUAUAAAUUCCUCUGAGGGCGCAGCCUCCAGUGCUGAAGCCUCCGCCCCCGAAGACUCCGAUUCGGGCGCGGACACCCGCGAUCCGGAACCCAUACGUCGCCACAAAAAGUGCCCCCAAAGUUUCUCGUCCUCGUCCAGUGGUCACAUGGAGACGAUCCACGAGGAAACUACGGAACCUAAAGUGUCUGUUAAGGAGAUUCUCGCGAGAUUUGAGAAUUUAAAGGAAAAAACUGACAUCACACAGAUACAACCAAAACCAACAACAAAUGGCAUAUCGAGCACAAAAGAAAAAGUCACGGAACGUGAAACGAGGGAAACUCGUGAAUCGAGAGAGUCAAGAGAGUCUCGAGAAUCAAGAGAGUCCAGGGAGUCCAGAGAGUCCAGAGAUUCUAGAGAAAUAAGGGAGCUACGAGAAUCUCGUGAUGAAUCGGAAAUAGAAAUACGGGAUAGGAGAGCUACGACGUCUUCACCGGUGCCAAGAGAACGUGAGAGGGAUAGAGAGAGAGAUAGAGAGCGUGACCGAGAUAGAGAGCGAGACAGAGAUAGAGAGCGUGACAGAGAAAGGGAGAGGGAUAUGAGGGACGAGAGAAGAGAGCAGUCUACCCCUCAACACGAUGGACGACACCCACUGCUACAAUUCGCCGUAGAUCACUUCAGGCAGAGCCCAGAAUUAGAAAUUCUGAAAGCAGAUUCCUCACUGAAAAGUAAAGCUAAACGUAAUGAAUGGACAUGGAAAGCUCAAACGGACGUUGUCAAAUGGCAAGCUGCACCUCUCAGGGCGCCGCUACUGCGACUACCGGCAGCACUCGCCCCGCCCGCCUUAGAAUGCUUCACUUGUAUUCGAGCAUACUGUGGAGACUUGCAACCGCCUGAAAGAGCGAUUCAUCAAGACUUAACUGAAGUUAAAUGUGUUUACACUGUACUUAUGCAUUGUCACUCAGUACCAGAACUACGCGAUGAAGUGUACUGCCAGCUGAUGAAGCAGACCACCUCGAACCGAUCCCCCGCGCAGGACUCGUGCCAGCGAGCGUGGCGCUUCAUGUCCAUACUCGCUGCGUACUUCACAUGUUCGGAUACACUUAGACCGUUCCUGAUAGAGUAUCUAUCAGCGGCGGCGGCGGACAGGCGGCGGCCCUGCCAGGGCACGGCGGCCGUCUGUCUCGCCAACUUCAGGAAGACGCUGCGCUGCGGCGGCAGGAAGAACGUGCCCAGCGUGGAGGAGGUAACGGCAGUGUCGGCCGGGCGGUCGGCGCGGCGCCAGCUGUACCGGCUUCCGGGCGGCGCCGAGCGCGUCGUCAACACUCGCUGCGCCACCGUCGUGCAGGACAUCGUCAACGAGCUCUGCGACCUGAUCGGCGUGAGCAGCCCGGCGGAGCGCGCGGAGUUCUCGCUGUACUGCAUCGUGGCGGGCGACGCGCUGACCAUGCCGCUGGCGGGCGACGAGUACGUGCUGGACGUGACCACGGAGCUGCAGCGCGCGCACCAUCCCUUCUACCUCAUCUUCUGCCGCUCCGUGUGGCACCACGCGCUGCGCCAGGACGCGCCGCCACUGUACACUGAAGUGCUGUUUAAUCAGGUGGCGCCAGACUACCUCGAAGGUCUCCUCCUGGUGCUCCCCGGGGGCGGAGCGCCGGGCGCCGGGGUGCUGCGGGACGCUGCGCUCGUGGCGGCCCUGCUCCACCGAGCCGCUGGUCUGCCGGAUGCUCCUCAUCCUCGGGACCUGAAGUUCCUCCUACCGAAACCAUUGCUGGCUUUGAGGGAGCCGAAGCCGAAUAAAUGGGCGUCGUGGGUGUCGGCCGAAUGGCCCACUGUUAGAACGAUGACGCCUGCCGCCGCUAAGUCUAAAGUGCUACAGGUAUUAUCCCGUUGGCCGUUAUUCGGCUCGUCGUUCUUCGCGGUGCGUCGCGUGAGCGGGGCCGGCGGCGGCGGCGGCGGCGAGUGGCGCGAGUACGUGCUGGCGCUGAACCGGCGCGGCGUGCACCUGCUGCACCCCGCCACGCACGACACCGACGCGCACUGGCCCUACGCCGACCUCAUAUCUACUAGGAAGGUGCGGUCGGAGGACGGCACGCUGUUCCUGGACGUGAAGUGCGGGUCGCUGCUGCAGCAGCGCGUGACGCGGCUGCAGGCGGAGCAGGCGCACGAGGUGGCGCGCCUCAUCCGCCAGUACAUAGCGCUGCAGCGCGACCAGCGCGACCACGACCCGCGCGACCACGACCGCGACCACGACCACGAUCACCAGCACGACCACCGGGACUCUGUGUUUAGCCAG